UCUAGAGAGAGAAACUUAGUAACCCCAAUCGAUGGUUACUACUAAAAAAGGCAACCCAGACUCACAUUUAAAAGAAUAAAUCAAUCACACCCACCUUCCCUCACUAAUUUAUAUCCAUAAAAAUUAAAUAUCUCACAAUUUAAAAAAAAAGAAUUUUAUUUUAUAGGGUGUUGUUAUAAUUUAAUUUCUUUCUCAAAAAAGUUCUCAUUUUUCAUUUUCUUUGGGUUAUUUCAUCUGGGUUUAGCUCCAAGAGAUCCAUCUUUUCUGGUUUUUUUUCUCUCUUUUUUGCAUAUUAAAGCACUAUAAAUUUUGCGGUUCAAGGAGCUAGAUUAGAGGAGAAAAAUGGUGAGAGGGAAAACACAGAUGAAGAGAAUAGAGAAUGCGACGAGCCGGCAAGUGACGUUUUCAAAGCGUCGAAACGGGUUGUUGAAGAAGGCAUUUGAACUCUCAGUUCUUUGUGAUGCUGAAGUUGCUCUCGUUAUUUUUUCUCCUAGAGGAAAGCUCUAUGAAUUUGCAAGCUGUAGCACGCAGGAAACAAUUGGAAGAUACCAAAGGCACGUAAGAGAGGUCCAACCUGCUAAAGAAGCAUCUGUUGAAGAUAAUAUGCAGGACUUAAAGGAAGAAACUGCGAUUUUGGUGAAGAAGAUAGAGGCGGUUGAAGCUGCAAAACGGAGGCUUUUGGGAGAGAAUUUAGGGUCAUGCAGUUUAGAGGAGCUGCAGCAACUGGAGAGCCAGUUGGAAAGAAGUUUUCACAAAAUCAGAUCAAAAAAGAAUCAAGUUUUCAGUGAACAAAUAAAGCAGUUGAGAGACAAGGAGAAGCGACUUGCUGCUGAAAAUGCAAGGCUUACUGAAAAGUGUAUUAUUAUGGUAAAUCGACAGUACGAAACGGUGCCAAAGGAGUCAAAUAUGCAGAUGAUAUUAGCAGAGGAUGCAUCACCAUCUGAAGAUACAAUAAGCCAGAUUUCGGACGUCGAGACAGAUCUUUUUAUUGGAUUACCGGAGACCAGAAUUAGGCGUCUUCCUAAUGCAUAGUUAUUAUUAAUCAGCUGGUUAUAGUUUAAUAAAAAUAUAUAUAGCAGCUGAUUUUAUAAUAUGUUAUAUAUAUGCUUAAUUAUCGUUUAAUAUAUAGUUUUGAAUGUGGAAUUAAUGAUAAUGUAUGUGGCUUAAGUAUUUGUAUAAGUUCAUCAUGUAAGAGUUCAUAUAUGUGGCUUAAGUGUAUAAUGUAUGUGGCUUAAGUAGUCCUGUUUAGUUCUCUCAAUGUUACGUACGUGGAUCUUCCAUAUAUCUUUCCUACUGCUUGUAAUAUACCAAGUAUUUUUUUUUUU